UAGUGGUAGGGGCAGCAGCGAUAAGGAGCGCCAUGGCCGGCGAGGCAGUGGCGGCCAUGCAGCGCCUCGGCGUGAAGGUACACGGCAGGAGGGCGCCGUCGGCAUUCUCCGGGGCGCUCCCCGGGGCGCUCAUCUACGCCCUCCUCUGGUCGAACGCACGGGCAGGGAACCAUGCGACGGCGUCCUCGACCGCCGGCCAGCAGCCCCAGGGCUUCGUCAUGCCCCAUAAGGUCCAGCAAAUCGUCGGCGGUACAGCGGCCGACAUCCGGGACUUCGGACACCAGGUGAGCUGGCUCUACGAGGGCUUCCACCGGUGCGGGGGCUCCAUCCUGACGGCCGACUACAUCCUCACCGCCGCUCACUGCGUCAGCGGGUCGUCGCCGGGCCCGCAGCACGAGAUCCUGGCGGGCACGUCCAUCAUCUCGACCGAGAGGAGGAACAGGGGCCAGACGACGCAGAUCGUGGAGAUGCACGUGCACCCAAAGUUCGACGUGCACACCUACACACACGACAUCGCGCUCCUGAGGGUGUGGCCGCAGCUCAGCUUCAACUCGGCGGUCCACCCCAUCCAGCUGAUCGACGCCGGCGGCGCGCCCUACCCGACCGAGUCCGUCGUGGUCACGGGCUGGGGGCUGCUCAAGGAAAACUCCCAAUACCAGACGCCCAUCCUUCAGAAGGUGAGGGUGUUCGUCAACGACAUCGCGCACUGCAGGAACAAAUACAUGGAGGCGAGCUGGGUGCUCCCCGACACCCUCAUGUGCGCGGCGGCCGACAAGAAGGACGCCUGUCAGGGGGACAGCGGCGGCCCGCUCGUGUACUACACGGAGGAGGGCAGUCAGCGGCUCGUGGGUAUCGUGUCCUCCGGCAUAGGCUGCGCGAGCAAGGACUUCGCCGGCCUGUACACCGACCUGCGCCACCCGGAGAUGAGGGCAUACGUUAACGAAAUCACGGGCUACAGGCUGGCCUCUUAGUCCCGGGCCUAGGACCACAUCACGUCAAUACAUGCGAAGAGAAAAUACCUUGUUUCAA